CUUACCUUCAUGUAAACAACUCUAUUGAAUAUCAACAAUUCCAAUCCAGAUUCCUUUGAAACAGACCAGACCAGAUCAGGUUAAAUACAACAACACAAAAUAGUCAAGAUGACUUACUUCGGAAAGGUUUAUACUUAUCCUAAUAACCCGAGGGUUAUGAAGGUCCAAGCCGCCGGCAACCUCAACUCCCUCGAAAUCACCACCGCCCCCGACUUCCAAAUGGGCGUUACAAACCGCAGCCCCGAAUUUCUUUCCAAAUUCCCCAUGGGCAAGGCCCCCGCAUUCGAAGGCGCGGACGGCACCCUCCUCUUCGAAUCAGACGCCAUAGCCCAAUACGUGGCCGAGAGUGGUCCGGCCAAGGACCAGCUGCUGGGUGUGUCGGCGGCUGAGCGCGCGCAUAUCCGGCAGUGGAUUUGCUUCGCGGAGGGAGAUGCUAUGGGCGCCGUGGUGCCGUUUGCGUUGUGGCAUAUGAAGAUGGUGGAGUAUACCGCGGAGGAAUUGGAGAAGCAUUUGGCGAAGGUGGAGAGGGCGGUGGGUGCUGUUGAGACGCAUUUGAAGACUAAUGGGGGUAGGAAGUGGUUGGCCACGGAGGAGAAGUUGAGUUUGGCAGAUAUUAGCCUUGUGGCGGCGCUGAAUUGGGGAUUUGCUAUUGUUUUGGAUGAGGAGCUGAGGGCAAAGUAUCCGAAUGUUGUGGCCUGGUAUGAGAGGACGAUUGAGAGUGAGGGGGUGAAGCAGGCGUUUGGCGAGAAGAGGUUUGUUGAGAAGAGGGCUGCUUUCUAAUUAAGUGGGCUUUCUUUUUAUAUCUCUACUGAGAUUGGGCUGGUAGCGCAGUCUGGAUUAUGAGGAAUGAAUAUGGACAUACAUAAGUAAGUAAAAAAUAACAAUUUAAAAACUAGUGUAACACUG